AUGCCACGGGUGUGCAUCGGCCGCCUGAGCUACCAGGUCCAGGAGCGCGAUGUGGAGCGCUUCUUUAAGGGCUACGGGAAGAUCCUGGAGGACUGUCAUGUCCACAUACAAAGAAAAGCAUGUGGCACAGUUUUAGGACAAAGAUAUGGGUUUGUGGAGUUUGAUGAUCUGCGAGAUGCAGAUGAUGCUGUAUAUGAACUGAAUGGCAAAGACCUUUGUGGUGAGCGAGUAAUUGUUGAGCAUGCCCGCAGCCCACGACGAGAUGGCAGUUACGGUUCUGGACGCAGUGGAUAUGGUUAUAGAAGAAGUGGCCGAGAUAAAUAUGGCCUUCCUACCCGCAUAGAAUACAGACUUAUUGUGGAGAAUUUGUCAAGUCGGUGCAGCUGGCAAGACCUAAAGGAUUAUAUGAGUCAGGCAGGAGAGGUGACCUAGGCAGACGCUCACAAGGGACGCAAAAAUGAAGGGGUGAUUGAAUUUGUGUCUUACUCUGAUAUGAAAAGAGCUUUGGAAAAGUUAGAUGGAACUGAAGUCAAUGGCAGAAAAAUCAGAUUAGUUGAAGACAAGCCUGGUUCUAGACGACGCCGGUGCUACUCCAGGAGCCGGAGUCACUCAAGGUCUCUCUCUCGAAGCAGACAUUCUCGUAAGAGCAGAAGCCGAAGCGGCAGCAGCAAAAGCAGUCAUUCUAAGAGUAGAUCGCGAUCCAGGUCAGGCUCCUGUUCCCGGAGCAAGAGCCGCAGCCGCAGCCAGAGCCGCAGCCGCAGCAAGAAGGAGAAGAGCCGCAGCCCCAGCAAGGAGAAGAGCCGCAGCCGCAGCCGCAGCGCCGACAAGUGCCGCAGCAAGAGCAAGGACCAGGCGGAGGAGAAGGUCCAGAACAACGACAGCACAGGCAAGUCCAAAAGCCGCAGCCCCAGCAGGCAUAAAAGUAAGAGCAAGAGUAGAAGCCGCAGUCAGGAGAGGGGUGCGGAGGAGAAGCGGGGCAGCGUGAGCAGAAGCAGAAGCAAGGAGAAGAGCCGGAGCCAGGAGAAGAGCCUGCAUAAGAGCCGCAGCCGCAGCCGCAGCCAAGGAGGGAGCCGCAGCCGCAGCCGCAGCAAAAGCAAGGACAAGAGGAAGGUGAGGAAGAGAAGCAGGGAGGAGAGCCGCAGCCGGAGCCGCAGCAAGAGCGAGAGGAGCCGAAAACGAGGCAGCAAGCGAGACAGCAAGUCAGGCAGCAGCAAGAAGAAGAAGGAAGACACCGACCGCUCCCAGUCCAGAUCGAGAUCCCGCUCGGGCUCGAAGGAGUGGGAACGUGCCAAGUCCGAGUCUGGCCAGAGGGAAGGCCGAGUGGAGAGUGAGGAUGCUGGUGCCAAUCAGGAGACCCGGUCCAGGUCGAGGUCCAAUUCCAAAUCAAAACCAAACCUUCCGUCAGAAUCACGCUCCAGAUCAAAGUCCGCGUCAAAAACCUGAUCUCGGUCCAAGUCUAGAUCCAGGUCUGGGUCCAGAUCGCCCUCCCGGUCUAGAUCUAGGUCCCACUCAAGGUCCUAACUGGCUACAACCACAGCUGGAACUACCCAAGAAGUCUUUUGUACAUGUUUGGUAGCCGUAGCACAAGUGAUUGAAGUAGAACAUAUGUCACUGCUGUA